AUGAUUCGAAAUUACCUAAAUUUCACUGAAGUUUCAACUCAAAUUUAUUUAAAUCAAUAUACAAUAUUAUUAUUUUUAAUCCUUGUUAAAUUAAUUUUACUACGAAAUUCAUUAAUAAAUACAAUAUCAAAACAAGUUAUAGAUACUUCAAUAUGUGAUGAAGAUAAUAUUCAACCAUUACUUAAUGGAAUUCAUAAUAUGAUUAUAGAAAAUUUAACAAAAUUAAAGUAUACUGGAAUUGUAUUUAUAAUACUUAUUAUAAAAACUAUAAAAGCAUUAACAAUUUUUUAUAUUGAUAUAUUAUUAGGUACAUAUAUUUGUUUAUUAAAUGCAAUUGUAAAAGGAACAACAGAAGUAGCAUUUGAUACAGGUGAAACAGUUAUAAGAACAGUAAAUGUUACAAUAGUUGAAGCAACAAAUGAAAUAGAAGAAGGUUUACAAGGAUUAUCUAAAUUUAUAAAUGAUUUAGUUACUGGAUUUAAUGCAAUAAAGAGUUUUUUCACUAAUGGGAAAUCAGCUGAUGAAGGUAAGAAAUAUGAACAAAAAAUCAAUAUAACUUUGGGGAAUUUAAAGGAUAAGAUAGCUAUACCUGGAACAGUAUUAGAAAAAAUUGAUAAUGCUAAAAAUAUAAGUAUGAAAGGUAUAAAUGAUUUAAACAAUGAAACUCAAACAUUAAUUGAUACUCCUUUUAAUUUAAUUAUAAAAAAAUUAGAUAAUGUAAAAUUAUCAAAUCUGUCUGCUAAUAUUACAAUUGAACCAAUUAAUGUUAGAAGUAGUUGUUUAAAAACUGUGGAUGAAGUUCAAGAUACCCAAGACAAAUUAGUUAAACUUGUUAAAAUAGUAAGUAAAUAUUUAUUUAUUGGAAUGAUUUUAAUUAUUAUUGGAUCUAUUGCCUAUGCAUUAUAUAUUGAAUCAAGGAGAUGGAAAAGAUCUACAAAUUUUAUAAGAGAUACUGAUCAAACUAAUGAAAUUGGAUUUAGAAAUCAACAUAAUAUAUAUAAUAAUGCUAUAUUAUAUACAAUUAUUAAAAAAAUGGGAUUCAACUUAAACUCAAAAGUUAUUUGGUCGAUUAGUUAUAUGACGAACAAAUUUACAUUGAAUGUUUUAAUGUUUGGAUUGUUAGGUAUAUUAACAGUUAUUCUUCAAUACAUUUUAAUUAAAUAUGUUUCAUCGGAAAUUUCAAAUCAAAUGAAAGAAAUAGAUAAAAAACAAAUUGUAUCAAAUAUAACUUCAAAUUAUAUAAAAUCAAUGAAUAAUUAUAUUAAUACAACUGAAAUAAAUUUAAAUGAAGAAUUAUUUGGAGAAAUAAAAGAAACAUCAACAAAAAUUAACAAUACAAUAUCAGAAUUUGUUGAUAAUUUAGAUUUUGCAAUUUCUGAAAUAUUUGGUAAAUCAUUUAUUUAUGAUGCUAUAAAUACUGUAGUAUAUUGUACAAUAGGUAGAAAAUUAGAAAAAAUUGAAAAAGGUUGUAAUUGGUUAAAUGAAAACCUAAAGAUUAAUUUACCUUUAAUUUCAAAAAAUUUAGAAAAGGAUAUAAAGAAUAUUAAAUUUUUGAAUUCAAAUUACUACUUAAAGAAAUUAAAAUCAAUUAUUGAAUUUUAUUAUAAAAGUUUAAAAAUUGAAUUAAUUAUUAACUUAUGUUUCUUAUUGUGUUGGAUAUUACAAUUUAUAAUAGGUUUAUUGAUAUUAUUUUUCAAACAAAGUAAAUCAGAUAUUGAAAAUAUUAACCUAAAAAUAUUUAGAAUUAGUUCACCAAAACCAUUAAAUGAAAAACAAAAAAAAGAAUAUCAAUAUCCUUUAUCUGAUCCAUUAUUAAUUAAAAAUUUUCCUCAAACUUCUUCAAGUGUAUAUCCUGUAUAA